AGGGACUGAGGAGACUUUCAUACUUGCUCAAGAAGUUAAACAACUGUUCAUGUUAGUUCACCGUCUCGCUCACUCAAUCACCAUCUCCCUCUAAAAAUAGUAACCACAUCAUCUUCCAUGGACUUUGGGACGCACUGAUGUGAGUGAUAUCUCUCUCAUUCACUUUGAGUCCUGUCUGCUUCAGCCCCACGUUACAAUACCGCUAUAUCUACACUACAUCGGAAUUGAGAUUCCCAUGAUAUGAAGCUUCAAGGAGAAUUUUUGAGGUCUCUCUCUUUGUAUAUAUAGGUUGGCUCUGUCGGUUGUGAACAGUUCUUUUCUGAUUAUCCAAUGGUUACCAGUAUCUAGUGCUUAGGCGCAUUAGUGGAUUUGGAGGUUAAAAUUCAACUUGGUUUCUGGGCUGAAAUGUCCUAAGAAAAUUCUCUACUUUUUUGGUUGUUGUUGUGCAUGAACUGUAGUGGGUUUGUGUGAUCUCUUAAACUGUGACCCAGUUGCUUGAUAUGGAGCCUUGGAAUUAUGUUGGUGAAGGGAAGGGGCUUGAGCCUGAUGGAAUAGUUUUGCCUAGUAAUUCGCCCUUGAGAAACAAGAAAACUUGGUUGGGUUUGGAAUUCAGAACGCCAUUUAGUUAUGGCAACCAGUCAGUCUCUGGUCAGCAAGAAGCUGUUGAGAAUCAAGGUUUUGAGGAAUUGGGUUUUCCAGAGAUAAUUGGUAAACAGUUAGCCUACGAUUCGUUUGGCGAAGUUCUGAGCGGUCACGUUGGGGGUGGAAGAGUUGUUAAUCCAACCAUGGCUAUGUCAAAUGCAAUUGCAGAAGAUGACUCCACUUCUAAGCUCUCAAGCUCUGUGGUGGAUUCAAACAGUCGGGAUUCGUCCUUCUUUGAUUUGAAGCUUGGACGGCUUCCUGAUCACAGAGAUGCCUGUAAUUCUAAAUUUGCAAAAGGAAUUCCGAACUUAUCUUCGUCAGAGUCAUCUGUACCUCCAGCGAAAAGAACACGGACAUCAUCAGGGUUACAUUCGCAGACUGCAUUCUGCCAAGUUUAUGGUUGUAACAAGGAUCUCAGCUCUUUUAAAGACUACAACAGGAAGCAUAAAGUUUGUGAGGUCCACUCCAAGACUUCCAAAGUCAUUGUGAAUGGCAUGGAACAGAGGUUUUGCCAACAGUGCAGCAGGUUUCAUUUGUUGGCUGAAUUUGAUGAUUGUAAGCGUAGCUGCCGUAAACGCCUUGCAGGCCAUAAUGAGAGACGCAGAAAGCCUCAAGUGGGUAGUCAAUUCCGCCGGGAUGGGAGAUUGCUUCAAUCAUAUGAUGGCCUUGUAGGUGGCAACAGAUUUCAGGGAAGUUCUAUAUCAACGACUCCCUUUAUUUGCCCAGAGAUUCUCCCUAGUGACCUCUUGCAUCCUGAGAAAUAUGGGCCACUGUCAACAAAUGAGCAUCUGCAUUCAAAAUUCCCCUUCCCUCGGGCUAUUGAAAAGCAGUCCCCCACUUUUCAUGAAAAUGGAGCUAAUACUGCAACCAGAAACAUUUUUUCAGCAAAUAUAAGUCAAUAUACACAUGAUAUAGGAGGCCCAACUUCUAGUUCGCAUUCUCUUCUUCUCCAGAACACAUCAUUCGGAAGUGAAGAGUUCAAUUUUUCUGAUGCAGCAUCAACCGCUCAAGGAUUAUCGAGAAUUUUAGACUCCGGUUGUGCUCUCUCUCUUCUGUCAUCUCAUUCACAGAAGUCUUCAAGCCAUUUGAAUGGGAUUCCCAUGGCUUGUCCACUGAUCAUGCCAAGUUGCAAUCCCCAUGACAGCAUGGGUCAAGUUUCUCAGAGAUUCAUAGGAAUAAGUUCACAGCCUUCCUCAGGUGGAGUGUUGAAUAAGUUCCCUUCGUCUGAAAUUAAUUCUGCAGAAGAUAAUUGCCUUUGUCCAAUAAUGCUAUCUGAUGGUAGUGGUGCUGUCAACUUUGGAAUAGCAGAUGGGACUUUUCAAGGGUCUGUUAUUUUGAAUUCCAACGAUCGCCAUUUCUGUGAAAAUAGGCCUACCAUUGACUUGCUUCAGCUGUCAUCACAGCUCCAGCGAGUAGAGCAUCAGAGGCAGUCCAUGCAAAUGAAACAGCAGGAAAGUGAUGCUUUCUUCUGCCUCCGAAUCACAUAAACUCCUCAGCAAACAAGAUUAUACAACCUGUGAUAUACCCCAUCAGAAUGAUGAUUAUGUAUAAUACCAAGCGAAGGGUUUUAGUAUUCAAUUGAAAAAGCAGAUCUCACUGUAAUGCAAUGGGAACUGCACUAGCCAGAAAUUUCACCAGUCUACAA